AUGGAUUUUCCAGUCAUCAAUGAAAACUUCACAGGGAUUAUAAACAAGUAUGGGUACGCUCAAGUUGUUGACUCAGUAGCAACCAGUAAAACAGGCUUGAUUAAGUACAAGAUGAUAGCAAAGCUGCACUUUGACGUGCACGACAAGGAAAACAAACAAUUUAUCUCAGUGGAGUAUCAUGCUUUACAAGAGAAACAAUUCUGCUCUGGAGUUCAAUUUGUUGCAAAGAAAAAUGGAAUCCACGAAGAUGAUGGAUGGGUCAUUACGUACGUCCAUGAUGAGGAGGUGUACAUUAUCGACGCAAAAAGAUUUUCUGACGAGCCAAUAGCGAAAAUUACUUUGCCCCAAAGGGUUCCAUACGGUUUCCACGGAAAUUAUUUCUACAAGAAGUAG